UCACGCGAUGCGUGGGACAGCUUCCGGGACGGACUGCGACAGAUUUAUGGUUCGGUCAAUGGCAACCUCAUGAUUUGCGCUUUGGUCCGCGAUUACCCGGUCACGGCCUGCCGCAACCGCACCGUGGCCAUCGUUGUCGACACCUCAAGAGACAGCCUACCGAGCCGGCGUGCAGAACUGCAGCUUAUCGAGGAGGUCAACUCGAAGCUGACCAUGCACGGACUCGAUCGGGUCGCUGUCUUGGAAUUCAACAGCGCGGCACGUGUUGUCUCCCCCAUGGGCUACCCCAUACAUACGGCCUUCAACCUCUCCCCGCCCGGGGGCCGGCGCCGCAUUGCCCGCGGCCUGGAGUUGGCACUCGCCGAAAACAUCGACGCCCAGCCCGAAACAUACACUGAUCGCGGCGCCAUCGUGCUUCUUGUGUGCGGUGCCGACGGUGGGGAAUCUACCGACGACGUGCUAAAGCAACUGCGGCGAGCCUCGGAUGAGGGCAUUCGCGUGCACUACGCUUGCCUAAGCACGCCCCAUCCGAUCGGCGACGCGGCCCCUGACGCGGCUGGAUGGAGCGAAUGCUCGACCAACAGCGCUAUGGUGCCAGCCAUACUCAGAACGGGAGGCAUCGUCGCAAUCAUCGAUAUGCAGAGCCGCCGGGUUCCGCGGGCGUUCGCUAACAUGGUCAUGGACCGCGGCUUGACGGCCACGGACGACGACGACACCCCAGAGCGUGCCCGCUUGUACCCCGGCAUUACCAUAAUCGACUUGCUCAGCCCCGACACCCCCAGCAGGACCUUUUCUUACGCCAUCUCCGCCGGCGAGCAUCUCAACCUGACCGUCGUCAGCGUCACCGUAGAAGGGCAGGGGGCGGCCGAAGCAUGCUUUACCGUCACGUUGUGGGACAGGGGCCUCGACAUCAAGAUGGCGACGCACACGCGAUGCGGCGGCGCCCAGCCGCUGUCGCUGGUCUACGAAGCAACGGCGUCGCUCGAGCUGGUGUUGGUGGUCGAGUACGGCGACGCGGUGGGCAAGCGCGCGUUGAUACACCAGGACGAGCUCGUAUUCUCGCUGGCGGUGGGGUCCAGCAUGCUUGAUAAGGACGAGGCCACGGUCAAGAAGAUGAGCACCGAGACGGCGGGUUCGAGCAUGGCGGCGGAGGUGCCAGGCAUGACAACGGCGUUGGAAGCCUUGCCGAGCGAGACCUUGGAGGUCUCCGGGAGCGUUCCUCUUUCAGAGGGCAGCACCUGCACUGCCUGGACAUCUUGGCGGUGGCAUGGCGACGGUGAAGGCGCUCCCGUUUACCGUCCAUUUUUCGGAAACCCCGUCACGUGUAGUGUCGCAACUGUCGCGGCGAGGACCAUGGGGCCUGAUGGCGCUGGGUGUGGGGAACGGUCCCGAGACGUGGCGAGCGAAUGCCGGGUCGUGAGUUCGGGACGGCAGGAGCAAGGUGGAUAACGGAGGCGCCAGACUCAGACUGGAGCGGGUGCCCCAUGCUCCCCGGCUGGAGCUGCUCUCAAUAACAGAUGCGAGGCCAAUGAGCACAUUAGGCCGGCUUUGGGCGGCCGCCCAUCCAGCUAGACUCGCAACCGAGGCUACAACCUGAGUCCCAAACAAACAAGUGCCAGCAUG